AUGGCCGACAUUGCCCUGCUCCAGUCGCGUUUCGAGUACCAUCAGGACUGGCCGAAGCCGGGCAUCCUGUUCUGUGAUAUCCUGCCCGCACUGCGUGACCCGAUCUCGUUCGAGGUGCUGAUCACGAACAUGAUGUCGCAUAUCUUUACAACGACGCUGCCCAAGCUCGCCGAGUCGGCCAAGGACCCGCGCAUUCACUAUGUGGUGGGCCUCGAUGCGCGCGGAUUUUUGCUCGCGCCCGCGAUCGCGCAGCGCCUCGGCGCCGGGUUCGUGCCGGUGCGCAAGCAGGGCAAGUUGCCUGGCCAGUGCGUCCAGGCGACCUUUAUGAAGGAGUACGGCGAGGACAUCUUUGAGAUGCAGCAGGGCGCGAUUCCCGCGGGCUCGAAUGUGCUGAUCGUCGACGACCUUAUCGCGACCGGCGGCUCGGCCAAGGCCGCGGGCGAGCUCGUAAAGAAGCUCGACGCAAACACCGUCGAUACCACCUCGUAG